AUGGCGGUUUUAGUAAAGAACUACGAAGCGUCGCUAGUCGACAUGGCCGUCCAGGAUUUCAUCAAACUGGGCAUAGACGGAGUGUACACGACAAUGAAAACGGUGGUAUCGUUUGAAUACAUUUUCAACUUCACCUCACACAUGAGAAACUUACAUAAGUACUCCACCAACUUUCUGGAGUUACAAAUAAAUGACCAUAACAAAGAGUGCGUCACGAACAUUCUGCAAAAUUUGACGAUGGAAAAUAUUCGCAAAAGCAGCAGCGCAAGCAUCAAAGCAGGAUUCGAAUUUUUAAAUGCCUUAAAUGAUGACAUAAAAAAAAAGCACUUCAGUGAAAAUGUAAAUUAUAUGGUUAUGGUUACCAUUACGUGGGAUAUACACGGAAAUAGCGGCGUAUCUCCAAAUGAGCCGUUUUCCAUUUUAUGCUACAUAAAAUGCCUACCAAAACAUGGUAGCCAUGUGCAGAUAGACAUCAUGUGUGGGGAGAGGAAGACGCCAAAUAUUAAAUACUCAAAUGUGUUUGAUGUGCGAAAUAAAAUGCUAAAAUUGAAAAGCGAAGAUAGCCACGAAGUCGUUUUAUAUAACGAGAAGGAAGAAAUUACCGAGGGAUUGACUUGUAAUUUUUUCUGCUUUUUUAAUGAUACUUUGUACACAGCAAAUGAUGAACUUGUUCUCAAGGGCACCAUGCGAGAGCAAAUAAUACACAUAUGCGAAGAGGAGGGCGUGAAAUUAAAAAAGGAAGCUAUCAGCAUACGUGACGUUGGACGCUUCGAAUUCUGCUUCAUUUGCUCCACAACUAGAAACAUUAUACCCGUUAAAAAAAUUAUUCUUUGUUCGGAAAAUAAAGCGGAGUUUGAAAAGGACGUCCAUCACCCCGUUUUGGUGAAGCUACAGCAGAAGCUGCGCGAAGCAGUUGAAAAGAAGAAGGAAAAGUAUGAGGCGUACGUUAGUGCAGCACUCGGUGUGUGAGCUAUGUACAAGCGGGUAGAUGCGCCGCGCGCAUGCCUGUUCUGUGCACAUUUUUACGAACGCAGGAAUUGUGUCAUUUGUGGAGGCACUUUAUUUUUUCGUGCAAAUACUCGCCGUUUUUUUGUGCAUCUAUUGGCCGCUUCUUCCUGCAAUAUUUGCCGCUUUCCCGUGCAUAUAUUCGCCGCUUUCCCGUGUAUAUAUUUGCCGCAUUCCCCCCCUUUGUGGCCACGUUCGAAGCAUGGCUUCACAUUUAUGAGUUAAACAUUUAGUACACAUUUUAUCCCCCUGUUCGCGGCGCGCAGGUUCGCUUCUGAAUUUUUUUAUCAUUCUGAGAAGCGCCUGCGCUGAUUUGAUUUUGCCACACCAGU